GACAAGGCGAUUUUUUUAAUUAUCUACUGUAUAUCACAGCUCAUUCAACCAGCUAUCGACUCCAGAAAGCAAAACAAGCCGGACACCAUUUGUCCCUCCCACGGUCCCACCUCCCCAUGGCGCCCUCAUCAUCACCGCUGCUGGGCCGUCUCGUCAUACUCUACGCAUCGCAAACCGGCAACGCCAUAGAUGCUGCUGAACGUGUAGGCCGAGAGGCUGAGCAUGGGGGCUGCCCAGCUGUCGACGUUCUCUCCAUGGAUAGCUUUAAUCCCAGUUGUUUGCCUGACGAAAGGUUUAUGAUCUUCAUUGUGUCUACCACGGGGCAGGGAGAUCCUCCAGAUUCCAUGAAGAAUUUUUGGAAAUACCUUCUGAGAAAUCAUCUGGGUGCGCGAUGGCUGAAAGGAUUGCAUUAUGCCAUGUUUGGGCUCGGCGACUCAAGCUAUAGGGAGUACAAUUUUCCUGCAAUCAAGCUCGAUCAAAGGCUUUUUGAUCUUGGUGCCAAACGAAUCACAGAGAGAGGCUUGGGAGAUGAUCAACAUUCUUUGGGAUUUUGUAUGUCAUCUUCUCCAGACUCCAAGAUAUUAAUUGAGAAAGCACGCUCAAUGUCCCCUGCUCUAAAGUGCCAUAAUAGCAGAGAGCCACAACACAUGUUACAAAUGGUAACAAAUCAGCGUUUGACAAAGGGAGACACUGACAGAGAUGUCCGCCACUUUGAAUUGGAAGAUCGGCGUUCUGCCAUCAGUUAUCAAGUUGGUGAUGUUCUAGAAAUUUUACCAAGUCAGAAUCCAUCACUUGUUGAUGAUUUCAUUAAGCGCUGUAACUUGGAUCCCGAUUGUUACAUUACGGUUCGAACAAAGGAUGGGGACAAAGUUCCUAAAGAUCCCAUCAAGCUAAAGACCUUUGUUGCUUUGACAAUGGAUGUCAUGAGCUAUUUUGCAACAGAUGAACGUGAAAAAGCAAAACUUCAGGAUUAUACUUCUCCUGAAGGAAGGGGCGACCUUUACCGGUACAAUCAAAAUGAGAACCGGACUGUUCUAGAAGUAUUGGUGGAUUUCCCCUCGGUGCAAAUGCCUUUUGAAUGGCUGGUGCAACUGACGCCUCCGUUGAAGAAAAGAGCCUUUUCCAUAUCGUCGUCCCCCUUAGUCUACCCAAAUCAGAUACACUUGACUGUUAGUGUAGUAUCAUGGCUUACUCCUUGGAAGAGGACGCGGCAUGGUCUCUGCUCCACAUGGCUAACGGGGCUCAGUCCAGAUGAAGGAUCGCUGCCUCGCCCACGGCCCUCGGUUCCUCUCCUGCUCAUCGGGCCGGGAACAGGGUGCGCGCCGUUCCGCGUAUUCGUGGAGGAAAGGGCCGCACAGAGCGCGGCGGAUGCAACUACUGCUCCUGUGAUGUUCUUCUUCGGCUGUAGAAACGAAGACAUCGAUUUCCUGUACAAGGACUUCUGGCUGAAACACGCCCAGGGACAAGGAGGGGUGCUGUCCCACGAAAAGGGCGGCGGUUUCUUCGCCGCCUUCUCUCGGGAUCAGCCUCGGAAGGUCUACGUGCAGGACAAGAUAAAGGAGCAGGGGGCGAGAGUCCUGGACAUGCUGUGCUCCAAAUCGUCUAAGGCUGCGAUAUACGUCGCCGGGUCUUCAACCGGAAUGCCCGCCGAUGUUACGGUGGCGUUGGAGGAAGUUCUGUGUCAAGAGGGCGGUGUUCCGCGGGAGGAUGCUUCGGGGUGGCUGAAGGAUCUGAAGAGGGCUGAUCAACCAGCAGAUGGCACACACAACCAUCGUAUUAAAGUGCAGCUCUUGAAAGUGCUCUUGUGGCUGAUGCUGAAAAACAACAUUUUGAUCAAAGAUAAUCUGCUCAGGAGAGGGUGGUCUAGUCAAGUUGAUAUGGCAGAUAGUGGUAUGUGCUAUCAACUUGGGCCUCCUGAUAAUGUUGAGGACCUAGUUGGGGAUUGGGCUCUGGUGAAAGAAGGUCAUAGAAAAACUGAGGAGGCAUGCAUGAAUAUCAAGAUGGUGCUGGAGGAAGCAUACACCAUAAGUCAUGGUUAUGUAAAUGUGAUACAGGCAAUUAAUAGUAACCACCUUUCAACUUCGUUGGUGUCGUUGGUAAACAGGCUAUUUUAUAGGUCCAUCACGUAA